CUGGGGAGGUGGAGGACGGGGAGAGAAGAGGAAGGAGGCUCCGGGAGCAAGCGAGACAAAAAGGGUCAGGCCUGGGACUUGGGAAAAAUCGGGAGUGCAGAGAGAAGAGGGAUCAUCUCUCAUUUCUUUAUUUUUUAUUUUCAUUUUUGAGUUUAUUAUUUCCGCCCGCCAUCAUCAGACCAUCAUCACCCUCAAGCAACCCUAAGAAUCUCAGCGAUGCCGUCCAACACUGUCACCAACGCCAACACCGCCGCAUUCAAAGGCUCAGACUUCACUGAUUCACCCGGAAACAGAAUGGGUGAGAGCACAAUACUGGACAUGGACCUGAUGGCAGAGGAGAAGUCGACUCCAAGCAGUGCCUCUUAUAAAGUUGGCAAGCCCGGAAGAAAGCGCAAGCAGUUUGCAGUGGAGAGCUGCGGCUCUCUCAGAGACAGUGUGGGCAACAGCUACGCCGGAGUGGGGAGGCCGUCCAUGGCACAGAUCCACAACGGAGACAUGGGCGGGCACAGAGACAGGAUGUCCGAUGCCUGCUUCCCCAAACAGGAGAAGAGGGAAGUGGAGAACGGGAUCCCCAGAGAGCCUUCCUCCUGCCGGGCAGAGGACAGCUCCCAGGGCCGGAGCCUGAGUCCUUCCCAGGAGAACGGAUUCCUGCCCAGCCGGGAAGAGCAGGACUCGGAGAAAGAGAAGGACGAGAGCCUGAUGACGCCGCGCAAGAAAAGAGGGAGGCGGAAACUGGAGCGUCCAACGAAAUAUGUGGAGCACAAGGAGGAGGACGGGAGCGAUGCAGUCAAGACCGAGGGAGGUCGAGGCAGGCUGCGAGGGGGAGUUGGUUGGGAGAUCAGCCUUCGUCAGAGGCCCAUGCCCAGAAUAACCUUCCAGGCUGGUGACCCUUAUUACAUUAGCAAGCGGACCAGAGAGGAGUGGCUGGCCAAGUGGAAGAUGGAGGCAGAGAAAAAGGCCAAACUGAUGUCAGCGAUGAACGCAAUGAAGGAUCACGAGGAGAGCGAAACCGAGACCCAGAAAGAGGAGGUCUCAAUAAUCAAGCACCCGCAGCCUUCAAAGCAGCAGCAGCAGCAGCAGCUUCUGCCGCCUCAGCCUCAGCCGCACGCUCAGUCACAGCCUCAGUAUCAACAGCAAUCACAGCCGUCGCUGCCGCAACAGCAGCAACAUCAGCAACAUCAGCAACCUCCUCAGCAACAGCAACAGCAGCAGCAACAGCAGCAGCAGCCGCAGCCACAGCAGCAGCAGCAGCAGCAGCCUACUGACCCAGCUUCCCCCACCGUGGCCACGACCCCUGAACCCGUCGCCAUCGGAGGAGGAGACAAGACAUCCCCAAAGUCUGCAGACACUGAGCCGGAGUACGAGGACGGUCGUGGUUUUGGCAUCGGUGAGCUGGUUUGGGGGAAGCUGCGAGGAUUCUCGUGGUGGCCAGGCCGCAUCGUAUCCUGGUGGAUGACGGGACGGAGCCGAGCUGCCGAGGGAACCAGAUGGGUCAUGUGGUUUGGAGAUGGAAAAUUCUCAGUGGUCUGUGUAGAGAAACUCAUGCCUUUAAGUUCCUUUAACAUUGCCUUUCACCAACCAACUUACAAUAAGCAGCCCAUGUACAAGAAAGCCAUCUACGAAGUGUUACAGGUGGCUAGCAGCCGGGCAGGAAAAGCCUUUAUAGCCUGCCCUGACAGUGAUGAAACAGAAACCUCCAAAUCAGUGGAAAUGUUGAACAAGCAGAUGAUUGACUGGGCUAUGGCAGGAUUUCAGCCCACUGGACCCAAAGGCUUGGAGCCACCAGAGGAGGAGCGUAACCCCUACAAAGAGGUCUACCCUGAGAUGUGGGUGGAGCCGGAAGCAGCAGCCUACACGCCUCCUCCAGCCAAAAAGCCUCGCAAAAGCACAGCAGAGAAACCCAAGGUCAAGGACAUCAUUGAUGAGAGGACACGAGAGCGCCUUGUUUAUGACGUGAGACAAAAGUGCCGCAGCAUAGAAGACAUCUGUAUCUCCUGUGGAAGCCUGAACGUUAGCCUUGAGCACCCUCUGUUUGCCGGGGGAAUGUGCCAGAGCUGUAAGAACUGCUUCCUAGAAUGUGCGUAUCAGUAUGACGACGACGGCUACCAGUCGUACUGCACGAUCUGCUGCGGCGGACGAGAGGUGCUCAUGUGCGGAAACAACAACUGUUGUCGGUGCUUCUGCGUGGAGUGCGUGGACCUCCUGGUGGGUCAGGGAGCCGCCCACGCCGCCAUCAAGGAGGAUCCGUGGAACUGCUACAUGUGCGGUCAGAAGGGAGUGUUCGGCCUGUUGGAGCGUCGCAUCGACUGGCCCAGCCGCCUCCAGCAUUUCUUCGCCAAUAAUCACGACCAAGAUUUUGAUCCACUAAAGCUUUACCCCCCAAUCAUGGCGGAGAAGAGGAGGCCCAUUCGCGUCCUGUCGCUAUUUGACGGCAUAGCAACAGGGCUGCUGGUGCUAAAAGAACUUGGCAUCCAAGUGGAUCGCUACAUCGCCUCUGAAGUGUGUGAAGACUCCAUCACUGUGGGCAUCGUCCGGCAUCAGGGUCGCAUCAUGUACGUUGGCGACGUGAGGAACGUCACUCGUAAACAUAUACAUGAGUGGGGUCCGUUCGACCUGGUUAUAGGUGGAAGUCCGUGCAACGACCUCUCGAUAGUCAAUCCUGCUCGGAAGGGUCUUUACGAGGGCACCGGUCGCCUGUUCUUCGAGUUCUACCGGCUGCUCCACGAGGCUCGGCCCAAGGAGGGCGACGACAGGCCUUUCUUCUGGCUCUUUGAGAAUGUGGUGGCCAUGGGCGUCAGCGACAAGAGGGACAUAUCUCGCUUUUUAGAGUGUAACCCAGUGAUGAUCGAUGCCAAGGAGGUGUCGGCUGCCCACCGCGCCCGUUACUUCUGGGGGAACCUCCCCGGCAUGAACAGGCCUCUGACUGCCAUGUGCUCUGACAGACUGGACCUCCAGGACUGCUUAGAACACGGGAGAACAGCCAAGUUCGACAAGGUGCGGACCAUCACCACCAGGUCCAACUCCGUCAAGCAGGGCAAGGACCAGCAUUUCCCCGUCUACAUGAACGAGAAGGAAGACAUCCUGUGGUGCACUGAGAUGGAGAGGGUCUUUGGCUUCCCUGUCCACUAUACGGACGUGUCCAACAUGAGCCGGCUGGCGAGGCAGAGGCUCCUGGGCAGGUCGUGGAGCGUCCCCGUUAUCCGCCACCUGUUUGCACCACUUAAAGAUUACUUUGCCUGUGUUUGAGCGGCGACAAAGCGGCUGCUCCCCGAAACCCGUUUUUAGGAACCACGACGUGCGACGUUGUGACUAGAAAAAUAAAGAGCCUUGAUCCUCAGAUUAUACGCCGGUAUAAUCUGUGAGCGAAACGUUUGACGUAGAUUUCACAUUAUUUCUUGUAUUUGAAUUGUAAUUCUUAUUCUAUUUAAUUUUUGAUAUGUCAUUUUACCUUUUUAGCAGUGUUAUCAAGUAUUGUUGAUUUGUUUGUGCAAGCUAUACUUGAGACUAUGCUUUCUUCUCAAGACACUGAGAGAGAAAAGUGCUACACGUGUAAAAGAGAGCGCGACGGGGAAACAUCGGGACGAGAGGGAAUUUGUGCUUCUAAAAAAAGAAAAGAAAAAAAAACAGAUAUGUGAAAUGUUUCUGCUGUGUGAGCGUACUGUAUGUCGGGGGCUGCGAGAUUCCCACCUGCAGUGCAGCCAUGCUUCCAGCUACUGAGCCUCACAGAUGUGAAGAGAAAAAAAAAAGGCGAUUUUUGUUUUUUUCUUAAGUGUCAGGAGAGCCGUGUCUCUGAGAAUCCAAAACACCAGAUCACAUAUACCUCUUUGUUUACAGUUUCUAUACACAACUGAAGGUAAUAAAGGUACUACUGUAAUAUGGUUACAAUACCAUGGUGCUCCAAGAUGAUGAGAAACAUCAUAGCCCAUGUGGCGCCGAGACUUUAUUAGGACAAUACGGAGCUCUUUAACCUGUUGCUGGAGAUAAAAAAAAAAACUUUUUAACGGAAAAAAAAGAAUCCGUUCGGUGCCGUUUUGCUCACUUCCAAAGGAGUGGCAGACAUCAGACGACCGCGGAAUAGAGCUCAUCCUCUUUUUUCUGCGAUUUUACAGCUUUUAUACAGUUUCUAGUGGUGCUCAUUUAACCUCUCAGCCUUGCUACGCUCAGGCGGCUCAAGCGCCUGGAUCUGCACAAAACAGAGAGUGAAGCUAAAGCCACAUGGGAAAUGAUGUUUUCUGUCAUUCAGAAAAA